UUUAAGCACCAGGUGAGAAAGUGUUGCAAAACAACCAAAAACAAUAAGUUUAGUAAAGAAAUAUUGGACCAAUAAAUAAAUAUAAUAAAUAUGAGAAUCUGUAAAAAUGUAUAUUUCAUUUUUGUAUCUAUUAGGUUUUUUAAUUAAACUAAAAUAUAAGUGGUCUACAUUUUGUAACUAUUUAAAAAGAUUUGCUAAUGUUAUGCUUUCGACAUAAUUUUGUAGAUUUAGACAUGAUGAUAAUGAUGAUGAUGAUGAUAUUGUUUGUGAACAUUCUCCACCCACUUCCUGGAAAGACAGUUCUGAAUGACUCGACAGGCGAUCUUGCUGUUCUAAACAAUAGUGAAACAGUGACCACUUAUUCACAUUACAGAAUGAGUUCCACUACAACUGGUGACUCCAAAGUGUCAAGCCAGGAGAAAAGUACAGUGGAAAUUAUUUUCUACGCCAUCAUUGUUCUCCUAGGCAUCACUGGGAACUCUGUGGUCAUCUGGGUGGCCGGCUUCCGUAUGAAACCCAAGGUAACCAACGUGUGGCUGAUCAACCUAGCCGUGGCUGACCUGAUCUUCUGCUUGACCCGAAUUACUCAGCUCAUCAAAUAUAUUUUCUUUGACCACUGGCCUUUCGGGGUCUUCAUCUGCAAGUUCAAUGGCUUCUUCAAGUACGGCAACAUGUUCUGCAGUGUUUUCCUGCUGGCCGUGAUAAGUUUGGAUCGAGUGCUAUGCGUGUGGCGUCCGGUGUUCACUAAGAAGAGAAGAACGUUGUGUGCGUCACGUGUAGUCAGUUUAGGGGUUUGGAUGGUGGCGAUGAUAUUCAGUUCACCAUAUUUUGUGUAUCGGGACGUCUACCCUGACAAGAACAACAUGAGCAAGUGCUCAUUAAAGGAAAAUGUAAAAGUAGAUGAAGAAAGUUCAGCAAAGUAUGUUUACUACUACAUUCGCUUCUUCUGUGGAUUCCUGGUACCUUUCUUGGUGAUCUUCACCUGCUACACACUAGCUGCUGUUGGGAUACGCAGGACGCGACUCAAUGGAAAAGCAAAACCUCUUCGGAUCCUUGCUUUAGUGGUUAUGGCGUUUUUCUGUUGCUGGGCCCCAUACCACAUCCUAGGUCUUAUAAAGCUGAUGAAUAAAAACCAUCCGGCUGUCAAGUCUGGAUGGAAUAUGGCUUCAAAUGUAGCUUAUUUCAACAGCUGCGUGAACCCCGUGCUGUACUUCUGUAUGGGUCUGGAUCUCAGGCAACGCUGCAAUCAAAGUCUGUUAGGCGUUUUUCAUAGGGCUCUUGAAGAAGAAGGCCAUAGUGUGGACACCACUGUGGAUGGACGUUUCAGUGCUCAUGGUACAGCUCACCACACAUCUGGGUCUAUAUAGAUUAAGUAAAUGACAUUUUUCAUUAGACGAGUGUACAGAGUUACUUCUGAAAUUAUCUGACAACCACAUCAUUUGUAUUUUGAUAAAGCAUGAAGUCAUAUUUUUUUAUAUUGUUUCACUCACCAUAAUCCAAGCAAUUCAUUUACAAAUGUGUUUUUUCCCCCAAAAAAUGUUGUUAUUUUUUCUGCAUUGUUGACCUGUUUUUGGUGUCUUUGUCAUGUUUCUGUAAGUUUGGCAGAAAAUUAUAAUUGUUCACGCAUGCACUGCCCUACUAACUCUCUGACAAAUUUUUAAAGGAUUCAGUACAACUAUAAAGAGGAAUAAUGUUGUUGUAUUCAUUUUACUACAUGCAUGGUACUUUUUCAACAACCAAAAAAUCAAUUAAUGGAUAAAUAAUAACAAUUAUUGUGUCCUGAAAUACACUAAAAGUAUCUUUUGUA